GCUCCAAAUCCAAUCGGAGGAAAUCCGCUCGUUCUUACUUUCUCUGCUGCCGCGAGCAAGACACCGGCAUGUCGGCAGCCAACAUGAACGAGUACGAGAUAAAACCUCAAGCAAAGACCCCUGUCGUUGAUACUUCUGCAUGGCCUCUGCUUUUGAAGAAUUAUUCUGAACUCUUAGUUCGAAGUGGGCAUUUCACCCCCAUUCCUGCUGGAUGCAGCCCUUUGAGGCGCGACAUCCAGGAUCACGUUAAAUCUGGUGUUAUUAACUUGGACAAGCCAUCCAACCCUUCGAGUCAUGAAGUCGUCGCAUGGAUUCGACGAAUCCUCCGUGUCGAGAAAACCGGGCACAGUGGCACGCUUGACCCCAAAGUCACAGGUUGUCUUCUCGUUUGCGUUGACCGGGCCACUCGUCUCGUCAAAUCUCAGCAAACCGCAGGGAAAGAAUACGUCUGCAUAAUUCGUUUCCACUCAGCUCUUGAAUCGGAACAAGCCUUCCCCCGUGCACUGGAAACCCUCACCGGAGCCCUCUUCCAACGUCCCCCACUCAUCUCUGCUGUCAAACGCCAGCUCCGCAUCCGAACCAUCCAUCAAUCCAAGUUACUCGAUUUUGACAAGAAGGGAAACCUCGGCGUCUUCUGGGUCAGUUGCGAAGCAGGGACCUACAUUCGUACCCUAUGCGUUCACCUUGGCCUGGUCGUUGGUGUGGGUGCGCAUAUGGAAGAACUCAGACGUGUUAGAAGCGGAGUUGUAACUGAGAACGAUGACAUUGUCACGAUGCACGAUAUCCUCGAUGCACAAUGGUUGUACGACAACACUCGCGAUGAAUCGUAUCUUCGACGUGUUAUUCGCCCUUUGGAAUCCCUUUUGACUGGUUACAAACGCUUAGUGGUCAAGGACAGUUCCGUUAAUGCCAUCACUUACGGUGCGAAGCUCAUGCUUCCAGGUUUACUCCGUUAUGCCGCCGACAUCGAUGCCAAUGAAGAAGUCGUAUUCAUGACUACGAAAGGGGAGGCCAUCGCUAUCGGUAUUGCACAAAUGAGCACUGUCGAUAUGACCACCUGUGACCAUGGUGUUGUCGCCAAGGUCAAACGUUGUAUCAUGGAACGUGACGUCUAUCCCCGUCGCUGGGGUCUUGGUCCUCAUGCUAUCGCCAAGAAGAAGCUUAAAAAGGAAGGGAAACUCGAUAAGCACGGUCGUACUAUUGAAGGUGUUACCCCUAAGGAAUGGACAGAUAAAUAUGUCGAUUAUUCCGCUCCCGCCAAAGCGACAGUACGUUUUCUUUUCCGCCCCCUAGCCUCUCUUUUUGGGGGAAGGGGAUUCAGCGCUUCAAUGACAUGGUAGAACUGAUCAAACUUCUCAAUGCUGCGCAUAAUGCGUUUAUCCAGACUGCCAAGACUAUCACUCCGAGUCCCGCCACUCCCGCUGCGACAAGCAUGGACGUCGACGAGCAAACUAUGGCCAAAUCUGGGGAGCAAGAGAAAAAGCAC